AAAAAAGAAAGGCCAAUUGCAGAACUAGUCUUCUUCUCUUUCCUUGCUUAAAUAAUUAUUAGAACCCAAAACUAAAAACACCCCCAAUUAUACAAACAUCAGAGAAAGUUGUCCAUCAAAGAACAAACUGUUUGAUAAAUGAUUAUACUGAUCAGCGACAUGAUUGAGUGAGGAACCUAGCUGAAGUUGCUCAUUGUCUUUAUUUGUCGUCAUCGAGAUGGCGGGUUUGAAAGUUCUGUCCGCUCUUGAUUUAGCAAAAACACAAUUGUACCAUUUCAAAGCGAUAAUAAUAGCAGGUAUGGGUCUUUUCACUGAUGCUUAUGAUCUCUUUUGUAUUACGCCCGUCAUGAAAUUGAUCGGUCGAGUCUACUACGAAGAUCAAGAUAUCGAAGAAUCUGUGAGAGGUGUAGUACCACCGUCAGUCGUAUCCAUAACAGUUGCCACCGCUCUUAUUGGUACCGUCUUUGGGAAAUUGGUAUUUGGAUAUUGUGGUGAUAAAUGUGGUAGGAAAAGAGUCUAUGGUUUCGCACUCCUCAUCAUGAUUUUCAGCUCUAUCGGUUGUGGUUUCUCAAUUUGUAAGACAAGGAAAUGUGUUAUAACAAGUCUUUGCUUCUUUAGGUUCAUGCUUGGUUUCGGUAUUGGAGGGGAUUACCCAAUCUCAGCUACAAUCAUGUCUGAAUUCGCUAAUAAAGCCACAAGGGGUUCGUUUAUUGCCACUGUUUUCUCCAUGCAGGGUUUCGGGAUUCUAACUAGCUCUGCUGUUACCAUGAUUCUCUGUGUGAUUUUCAAUCAUGCUUCCGAGUCUAAGAACACAGUUACCCGAACGCCUGACGAAGCUGAUUUAUUAUGGCGAUUGAUUUUGAUGUUCGGUGCUAUUCCGGCUGCUAUGACGUUUUAUUGGCGAAUGAUGAUGCCUGAAACUGCCAGGUAUACUGCUUUGGUGGAUCAAAAUCUCAGACAAGCAGUGAAAGACAUGGAAGGAGUGUUGGAUAUACCAAUGACUGAAAUCACAGAAGAACACGACUUCGUGCCCAUGUCACCAACUUAUGGAAUUUUUUCAAGAGAAUUUUUCUGGCGUCACGGACAGGAUCUUUUUGCGUGUGCUUCUUCUUGGUUCCUUGUGGAUGUUGUUUUCUACAGCAGCAAUCUAUUCCAGUCCCAUGUUUACAGUGAUCUUCUUCGAGAUCCCCAUAAACUGAAUGCCUAUCAGCAGGCUUAUGACGUAGCGAAACUUCAAGCGAUCAUAGCAGUCUGUUCUACAAUUCCAGGGUACUGGGCUACUGUGAUUUUUAUCGAUCGAAUUGGUAGAGUCAAAAUCCAAAUGCUGGGGUUCUUGGUCAUGGGACUUUGUAUGUUUGCUAUUGGAAUACCUUAUUACCAAUAUUGGCAUGAUCACACAAAUGCAGGGUUCUUAAUCCUUUAUGGACUCACAUUCUUCUUUUCUAAUUUUGGGCCAAACACCACAACGUUCAUCGUGCCUGCCGAGCUAUUUCCUGCAAGGUUUCGGUCCACUUGUCAUGGGAUCUCUGGUGCUAUUGGAAAAAUUGGUGCUAUUAUAGGUUCAGUGGGAUUUCUAUGGGCUUCUCAGAGUCAGAACGAGAAGGACGUUGACAAGGGUUAUCUAAAAGGUAUUGGGAUGACUAAUGUAUUAGUGAUUCUUGGUGGAAUAUCACUGUUAGGAAUGGUCUUGACCUAUUUCUUCACACGUGAAACCAUGGGAAGGUCAUUGGAAGAAAACGAAGUGGAAUAUGGAGCGUCAAACCAAACGAGUUUUAUGGCAUGUUUCGGGGUUGCUGACCAAACAAGUCCAGAACAUCAUCACCAGACUAGUUCUCAUGUCCGUCCGAGCAUCAGCAGUACGACUAGUAGCAGCACUAGUAAUAGUACUGUUGCUAUUGAUCAAAGGAGAACUAGUAAUCCUGCUUCUAUUUUGGCUUAAUUUUCAUUCAAGAAAUUCAUGUUGUGCCCCCUUUAAGUUUAAUCUAAAUCUACGCGUGUAUAGUGCAUUCAUUUAUUACA